AUGGCGGCCUCAAGACUGCUGAGAUGCACCUGCGCUAGCCUGCGCUCGCUCGGCACGAGCGCACGCGUGAAGCAGCCACGCACAUUGCCUGCAACACGCUUCUCGUCCGUCCAGCCACCCGAGAUACCGUCGACGAUUGUCGAGAGCUUCAGACAGGAGCAAGACAGCAUUCCUUGGUUCGUAGAUCCUUCGUAUGAGCCAGGCAAGGCUACACCGAGUCAGCGCACGCCCGAGCACACACGACGCGCUCAGCCACGGCCUGACAAGCUGCCGGAGAGGCUGUGGCAGCUGCACGCGCAUCUGACUGAAUCGCCGCUCUUUGAGGCUUCCGCGACGACUUUCAUCGACGCCAAAGCAAGCACGAGCGCGGACACCCUCGAAGACAUGACAGGCGGCUCCGUAUGGGACUGGGUCGUCGUGCUCGAGAUGGCGUCUGGCAGAGAACGCGGUCUCAGAUCUGCGACUGGCCAAGUAGCCGAAUGGGCGAGAGAUGUGCCAGCUGUGCAAGGCAAGAGGAAGCGCGUAGUGGCAAUCGAAGGACUGGAGCCGCCAGAGCCUACCUGGACCCUCGUCGACGGUGGCGAAUUCGUCGUCCACCUUUUCACGACAGAGGCACGCAGGACAAUGGCCAUCCGAGGUGAUCAGUCUGGGAAUCAAACGCAACAGUACUGA